AUGUCACCCUUCUACCUCUUCAUCAACCUCAUCUCUUCUUUGUCUCCCCUUCGGUAUCUCACCCUCCCUUCUAGCCACUUCACAAAACAAAACACCUACUUCAACGCACCUACUUCAAUAACAUUCACCAUGGGUUGUGUUUGGUCCUGCAUCCGCGAGCGCAAGAAGAAGCGCGCUGAGGCUGAAGGUAUCCAGCUUCAGAUCUCUUCUCCCAUCCCCAUUGGUCGCACCGACCUGAGCGGAUCUGGACUCGACGUCCUUCGUCUUGAUCGUCCCCAGAUCAUCUUCAACCGCCCUGAGGACCUCUAUGGACAGGUCACUACUGGUCCUACUCCUGCCCAGGUGGAAGCCAACAAGGCCAACCCGCGCGCUGAUCUUCCUACCAUCAAGUCUGAUGAGGACAAGGAUGAGGACAAGGAUGAGGCUGCCACUGGUGGUGGCGAUGAUGCCCCCGACAAGCUUGUCUAA